CUAAAAGCUAACGCAAAUAUAGAAGCCUAUGGUUUUGUCCGUCCCUUGUUAGCCUUGGUGGUAGGCCUCGACUCUGAAGACACACUCAGGCACGCGACAAUAAGUCCCACAAACCAUUGCGUUUCCACCUGACAUCGUUGGUCUGUGUACGUUGCCAAGGAGAAGCGCCACACACCUUAUCGGAACACUAAUGACGCAACUUGCAUUUUAUCUCAAGAAACUUCAGUGCUAUCUACAAGCUCAGAAAACAGUGGGAGGAACAACACCCUAAAAUGAUAUGCCAGCAUCAGGAAGGAGUGUAACAUUUGGCUGACCUCCAGUGUGGCGAUCAGGAGAGAGCAAUGGCACUGUUCCUGUGUGACCUAUUGUGAAUCCCACCCAUGAAGAACGUCACAUAUUGACAUAGUGAGCGAGAAAGAGAGGACUGGUAGAACUAUCAUUUAGGAGAGAGAAGCACCCUGCAACUCCCCCAAGCUGAUGAUUCUGAGACAAUGAAUCGCUACACGCAGCUGAAGCAGUUGGGAGAUGGCACCUAUGGCAGCGUGCUGAUGGGGAAAAGCAACGAGUCGGGAGAACUGGUGGCCAUCAAGAGAAUGAAGAGGAAGUUUUAUUCGUGGGAAGAGUGCAUGAAUCUGAGAGAAGUAAAGUCCCUGAAGAAGCUGAAUCAUGCCAACGUGGUGAAGUUAAAGGAAGUCAUCAGAGAAAACGACCACCUGUACUUUGUCUUUGAAUACAUGAAAGAAAAUCUCUAUCAGCUCAUGAAGGACAGAAAUAAAUUGUUCCCUGAAUCAGCGAUCAGAAACAUAAGCUUUCAGAUAUUACAAGGCCUAUCAUUUAUCCAUAAACAUGGAUUCUUCCACCGGGAUAUGAAACCUGAAAACCUGCUCUGCAUGGGCCCAGAGCUAGUCAAGAUAGCCGACUUUGGAUUGGCCAGAGAGAUCCGCUCCCGCCCCCCAUACACGGACUACGUGUCCACAAGAUGGUAUCGCGCCCCAGAGGUGCUGCUCAGGUCGUCCAUCUACAGCUCUCCCAUAGACAUGUGGGCAGUGGGCUGCAUCAUGGCUGAGCUCUACACACUUAGGCCUCUGUUCCCCGGGAACAGCGAGGUGGACGAGAUCUUCAAGAUCUGCCAGGUUCUGGGGACAGUCAAGAAGUCUGACUGGCCGGAGGGAUACCAGCUGGCCUCGGCCAUGAACUUCCGCUUCCCUCAGUGUGUGCCCACCCACCUGAAGACCCUCAUCCCCAACGCCAGCACAGAGGCCAUCGCCCUGAUGAAGGACCUGCUCAUGUGGGACCCUAAGAAGAGACCCACGGCCGUGCAGGCUCUGCGGUACCCUUACUUCCAGGUGGGUCAGGUGUUGGGGCCUCGGCCCGGGAGUGAGAUACGCAAGGCCACGGUGAGGACUCAAUCCCGAGGCUCAUCAGAGCCCAAAGGUGAGCUGCAGUCCUCUUCAGGAGACUCUUCUGCCCGGACGUCUCAGGGCAACCACCCCAAAGCUUCCAGCAGACACCACCAGGCCCCCCAACAGCCCCUCCAGCAGACAGACCAUCAGAUUGACCAGACAUCUCCACAUGGCCAAGUCACUAACUCCAACACGAAGCCAUCUGUCGUGGUGGGGACUGGGAGUGAGAACAGUGCAGCGGUGGGUCUGAAGAGCGGGCGGAGGCGCUGGGGCCAGACAGUGAUAAAGGCAACAGAGAGCUGGGAUGAGUCAGAACCUUCUGAGACCUCCGUGUCCCACUCCAAGAAACCCAGCCUGGGAUCAGAGGAGGAGAAGGGCCCAAAGGACCAUAGUAAUCCACAAUCCAAAGAGCAAAAACCGAUAUACUCGUUCAGCACUGUUACUAAGUUACCAAGCAAUAUUAAGAAGGGCCAAAUGGACUCCAGUCUCCCGGGCUCCUCAGCAAGACAACAUUACCUUAGUCAAUCAAGAUAUCUGCCUGGGUUGAUCGGCAAGAACUCUGUAGACAAGGAGCCCGGUGGGCCGACACUUCGAGAUCUGUGGGACAACACCACCAAUGUCAACAGUAAACCCCUCGGCCCCAUUGGAGCUGGUUUGUCCGUCACCAGAGUCAACGCAGGAAACUUUGUCAGUACAAAGUACAAUCUGUCUGGAGGUUAUGUUCCCUCCUUUCAGAAGAAAGAGGUCGGCUCUGUGGGUCAAAGGAUCCAGCUUGCUCCUCUUGCCGGCCAGCACACAAAUUAUGACGGCUGGAAAAGAAGGGCGGACAAGCCUCAAAUGAAAGGCCAGGACUACUCUGUCCUGGGGAAAACCUCUGGCAACCUUCUGACUAGAGGCCCACCUGUACAGCCAGUCCAUGGGAGGGUAGACUGGGCAUCCAAGUACGGAGGCAAUCGGUAGUGCAUCAAGAGAUGCUAUUAAACCAACUCACAGGUUUAGCCAGUCUUUGCACUGAGAAGGAAAACCUUUUGUAGCUCUGCUCUGAAUUUUACUACCCUCAGUGAAUGUACUUCUGAAAGAACUCCAAUACAUUAUUAGAACUAAGUAACACAUGUACUGGGAUGUUCAAAGAGAUACAUGUUGUUUGUUUUAUACUGGCAUCAUUGGGUAAUGUAUGAAGGCAAGACAUACGCCAGGAGGCCUGAUCCCUGUAACUUCAACAGAAGACCCGGCGCCAUCUAUUGCAGUGUUUUCCAACUCCAGUCCUUCAGUACCCUCAACAGUACAUACUGUUGUUGUAGCCCCGACAAAAAUACCUGAUUCAACUUGUCAAGGGCUUGAUGAUUAGUUGACAAGUAGAAUCAGGUGUGCUAGUCUUGUGCCACAACAAAUAUGUACUUGAGGAGCAGAGUUGGGAAACACUGAUCUACUGUAUGGUAAUUGAUGAUAGACUGGCUGAUAGGGCUGCUCUAAAGUAUCCCUCAAAGAUAACCAUGUCCUGAUGCCCAUUGGGUGUUGUCUGGAUUGAGUCUGAUGCCGAAACAUGACAUUCGUCUUACAAUCGGUUUUAUGAUACGAUUAGAACCAAUAAUGGUGGAUUUUGUAUUUUAGAUUUUUAUAAUGUAGUUAUAUUCUGUUUAUUUUUUAACUUUUGUUUACAUUACUCAAAUUAAAUUAUAUAAGGAAAUGUUUCCUAAAACUUAUUGUAAAGGUUUAUCACUCAUUGUAAUCUCUUGAAUAGCCACUUACUGUAUCAGUGGCUAAAGAAGUGUUGACUUCAGUUAUUAUGACAAUCCACGCUUAAGAUGCAGCUAUUAAACACUGGCCAUUUUUUAAAACC